AUGGUAUUAGACUUACCCCCAGAUAUUCCUUCCCAUGUUCCGGCCAAUUCCAAAAUUUAUAAAGAUGAUUGUAUGUACACUUUUGACACAGCCGAGAAUAAUGAAUUGGGUUUGGACAUUGACUUGAAAACGUAUCGUGCAUACUCGAGAAAUAAAGAAUACAACUAUACGGCACAAAAUUAUGAAGCCACGGGAAACUAUCUAUACUUGAACAUCAAUAAAACCUUGAAGCCAAAAGAAGAAAUUGAUAGGUUGUUGUAUGAUGAUGAAGGUGAAAAGAGCCAGAAAAUAAGAAAAUUAGAGAUAAAGAACAUUAGUGAAGACGACUACUUUAACACUGAGGUCAGCUUGUACAAUGUCAAGGAGGAUAAGCUCUACCCCAGAUCCGAAUUAAGUCCAGCCUUCAAUAACCUUUUUGAGGGCAUCUUGAACGCAAAUUCCUCCAACGAGGAUGAGGAAAUAAAACAAUGGGAACAAGAAAUUGUGCCGUGCCCGCAUUCGAUCAACGUCGAACAAUUUGACUUCGAAGAAAAGCCCGACCUCACUAAAUGCAGCCAAUGUGACUUGAAGGAGAAUUUGUGGAUCUGUUUGCAUUGUGGUGCGUUAGGGUGUGGAAGACAACAGUAUGGAUCGACCAUGAAGGGUAACAGUCAUGCGUUGGCGCAUUAUGAUUUGACUCAGCAUCCAGUGGCUUUGAAGUUGGGGUCGUUGUCUGGGGACUCUGAAAGCUAUGAUGCGUACUGUUAUCAAUGCAAUGAUGAGGUAAAGGUUCCUAAUUUGGCUGUUAUACUCAACAAAUACGGUAUCGAUUUAGAAAAGACGAAAAAGACGGAAAAGUCUCUUGUGGAGCUAAACAUUGAUCAAAAUUUAAGUUGGGAUUUCAAAUUGGAUGGAGCAGAAGGGGAUAAGUUGCCACCCGUAUAUGGUAAAGGAUUGACGGGACUUAAAAAUUUAGGCAACUCAUGCUAUAUGAAUUCUGUACUUCAGGCAUUGUUUGAUUUGGAUCUGUACAGGACCUAUUUUCAAAACAUGAAUCCGGAUAUCGGUGUUAACCCAGCUGAGGACUUGGCAAGCCAGUUGCUUAAAAUUUAUGAUGGGUUAUACAGCGGUAGGUACUCUGUACCAAGUCCUCUUAAAGGUGAGGAUUAUCAGUUGGGUGUUAAGCCCUUUGUGUUCAAAAACCUUAUUGGACAGAAUCAUGCUGAGUUCAAGACUCAGAGACAACAAGAUGCUAAUGAAUUUCUACUUUAUCUCCUAGACAAACUUGAUAAUGAAUUUGGUUUAAAAUUGAAUCAAGAUUUGAAAUUUGUAUAUACCGAGAAAGUCAUUUGUGAUAAUUGCAAACACGGGUCAUUAAAGAAUGAAUUGUUGGACAAUAUUUCAGUACCAUUGGAAGAGACCUUGUUGAGUACCGAAGAGGGGAAAAAGAUUUACAAAGAAGUUGAUUUACGAGAUAGUUUCAAGAAAGUAGUCGGUCCAGAAUUGAUACCUGAAUACAAUUGUGACAGUUGUCAUGCCCAAGUUGGAGUUGCGUUGAAGUCCAGUGGUUUCACUUCUUUUCCAAAGUAUCUUAUCGUAAGUGCACAGAGGAUCAAGUUGGAGAAUUGGACCCCCGCCAAAGUUGACGUUCCCGUAAAAAUUCCAUACGAGUUAGAUCUAUCUGAAUUUACUGCUCCUUAUUUCAAAGAUGGGGAGAUUGAGGAAUCGUCAUCGAGUUCAGCAGAUGAUACAACUUUGUUCACUCCAAAUGCAGAUCAGUUGAACACACUUUUGGGAAUGGGAUUUCCAGAACCUAGAGCAAUCAAAGCUUUGUACAGGACUGGAAACAACGAUGCCGAAACUGCUAUGAACUGGCUUUUUGAGCACAUGGAGGAUGCUGAUAUUGAUGAUCCUUUAGAUCUAGGGAAGGAGGCUUCGAGUGUGCAGAAUGAACCGGCUGAUGAGGUAGUCGAUAAUCUCGUCGCAAUGGGAUUCUCGCAUCAAUUAUCGAAAAAAGCGUUACUAUUGAACAAUAGUGAUGCAAAUGCCGCUGUCGAAUGGUUGUUUUCCCAUCCAGAUGACGACGGGGUUAUUGCAAUUGACAAACCUCCUGUCGACGUUAACAAGGAAAAACAAGAGUUGAUUGAAUCACUCAAAAGUCAUUCUGAAUCCUCAGGUUUAUUUAAGUUAAAAUCAGUGAUUUGUCACAAAGGUACCUCUUCACACACUGGUCACUAUGUCGUGUUUGUCAGAAAAUAUGUUGAUGGGAAAUGGAAGUGGGUUUUGUUCAACGAUGAGAAGGUGGUACUUUGUCAAGAGGAAAACUUGAAGGAGGUUGAAAAGAACGCAUACAUUUAUAUAUUUGAACAAGUUUAG